AGAGGUGCAGGGAAGAGUACACCGCAUGCUUGCUUGGAGGAGAACACCACUUGGGACCUUGUUAAUGAUAUUGAAAAACUAAGGCAACAUUUGAAAAUUCCUGAAUGGCUGGUUUUUGGUGGAUCUUGGGGAAGCACUUUAGCACUCGCGUACAGCCAAUCCCACCCUGAUAAGGUUACUGGUUUGGUCCUUAGAGGGAUCUUUAUGUUGCGAAAGAAGGAGAUUGAUUGGUUUUACGAGGGUGGUGCUGCUGCUAUAUAUCCUGAUGCUUGGGAGGAGUUCAGAGAUCUUAUUCCAGAAAACGAGAGAGGUAGCCUAGUGGAUGCAUAUCACAAAAGACUCAACUCCGAUAAUCUGGAAACUCAAUAUGCAGCUGCAAGAGCUUGGACUAAAUGGGAAAUGAGGACUGCUCAUCUUCUUCCAAAUGAUGGAAACAUUCAAAAGGCAGAAGAUGAUAAGUUUUCAUUGGCGUUUGCAAGGAUUGAAAACCACUACUUUGUAAACAAGGCUUUCUUUACCUCGGACGCAUACUUGCUGGAGAAUAUUGAUAAAAUAAGACAUAUCAAGACCACCAUUGUUCAGGGAAGGUAUGACGUAGUUUGUCCUAUGAUGUCUGCUUGGGAUCUGCACAAAGCAUGGCCAGAGGCAGACCUCAAGAUUGUUGGUGAUUGUGGACACUCGGCAAAUGAGCCUGGAAUCGCAGCAGAACUAGUGGUUGCAAAUGAAAAGAUGAAAGCUUUUUUGGGAUGAAAAUACUCAGAUGGACUGCGUUCAUAUCUCAGGGACUUGUGUUAAUUUUUCUUCAAGUUUGUUUCUGCAAAGUAAGAUCACAUUCACAGACAGACGUCUGUUAUUGUCAAAAAAGAAUAAUUUUGAAUGCUGAUACAGUACUUGUUCA